UUGUUUCAAUAGAAUAAAGGAAAGAAGUGCCUUUUUUUCUAUAAAUUAGCAGAGAGAAGUAAAAUUGCGUGAAAUUCGUUCACCUUUGAUUAUAUUAUCGUUCUUAUCGACAGCGAUAAAAAGCAUGUGUCAAAAUAAGUGUCACGUGAUAGUCCAGAUGACACAAGAAUGAAGUCACACCAAUAUACAACAUGGCACAUAUCAUGAGGGAAUGAUUGAUAAAUUGAUAGGUUAAGACUCUUGAAUCUCUUUGAUUUUGAUAUGUACCGAACGAACAUAUUUUUAUCAAAAUUUAAUUAAGUGCAGCGUGUCAAAUUACACAUUUACCAGAAUAACGAAGUAACAGAAACUAGAGCUAUUUAUGCCUAAUAACGAUCUCCCACAAUGGAACCUGGUACGAGUAGCCCGACAGAUGAUUACACGGAGAUAAUACGAAAACUUCCAGUUUACUUGAAAUUAGCCUACGGCACGGGCCAUGUACUAAAUGACAUUUGUGCUUCUAUGUGGUUCACCUAUCUGCUAGUGUUCUUUCAUCUGGUUCUCGGAUUCGAUCCGACUUUGGCCGGCGCCGUGUUACUCAUCGGUCAAGUAGCGGAUGCCCUGGUCACUCCAUUUGUCGGCUUUCAAUCCGACAGGAAUGAUAACUUUUGGUUGUGCCGAUAUGGCAGGAGAAAAACGUGGCACUUGAUAGGCACCAUUUGCGUACUACUAGGAUUCCCAUUUAUAUUUUCGCAAUGCAUCGGCUGUGAAUAUGCACAUCAAUAUGCACAGUUAGUUUAUUACGCUGCUUUUGUCGUGAUCUUUCAAUUUGGUUGGGCAGCAGUACAGAUAUCACACUUAGCCUUAGUCCCAGAGCUAACGCCUUCUGAACAUGAGAGGACUGAACUCAUAGCUAUAAGAUUCACGUUUACCGUCUUCUCCAAUGUUCUCGUUUACUGUAUUAUGUGGGGCGUACUACAUGUAACGAGCGAUGCGUAUGAUACUCAGAUUGGACCUGGUGACAUUCAUAAAUUUCAAAAAGUUAUUUUAAUUGGACUAGUAGUUGGACUUAUAGCAUCCAUUAUAUUUCAUGUUGUUGUUAAGGAAGGUGCUAAUGGCGAUGCUAAUGGUAGUUUUUUACAUAGAAACGGCAGGACGGCAUUAGUGCUAUUGCGUGACUUUAGAUUGUAUCAGAUAGCUUUUGUCUACAUGCUUACACGAUUAUUCAUCAAUUUAUGCCAGAUUUAUAUGCCUUUGUAUUUACAUGAGUCACUGAAUAUGCCUGCUACUUCUCUGGCUUAUAUACCAUUGACAAUGUAUCUGAGUAGUUUCUUGACAUCCUUAAUCAUAGAGAGACUUAACACGAAAUGGGGUCGAAAAAUCGCGUAUUCUAUUGGCGCUUUACUCGCGAUAUCCGCUUGUAUAUGGAUACAAUUCGGCAAUGAUGAUACAUACACCAAAUAUCAGAUCUAUGCUGUUGCUGUAUUGUUAGGUUCUGCUGGCGCAAUAAUGUUGGUGACCAGUCUCGGUAUUACUUCGGAUCUGAUAGGGAGAAAUACCGAGAGCGGUGCCUUUGCCUAUGGAAUUAUGAGUUUUACAGAUAAGUUAAGUAAUGGUCUAGUGGUUAUGCUCAUUCAGUAUUUGGUGAAACACUUGUCAUCUGGUUAUGCCAGUUAUUAUUAUAGAAAUAUUCUUACAUAUGUUUGCGGUGUGUCCGCGGCCUCCGCUAUGUUGAUGAUUUUAUAUAUUAAACCAUUCUCGCGUGAUAUGGUCUUCGAUACUUUACACAACGAAGAGGACGAGAGUUUUAUAGAAACUCCAAAUCCGAUCGACGGAAACUCGGACCAGCAACUGCAAACUAAUACAUAAUGUAUGCCGAUAUAUAGUUUGCAAAUAUUUUAGCACAAAAUGUGUAAGAUACAAAAAUAUAUUGAUAUUUAUUUAAAAAAAAAAAAAAAAAAGCAAUAUAUAUGCUAUGCGCGCGCUAUGAUAUGUGAUAUGUAUUGAGAGCGAAUUAUCUUUUUUAUUCGAGAUAUACGAUUGAUAUUAUCGUUGAUAUUAAUAUCAUUUAAUAUAUUUUAAUGAUGUUAUUAUAAUAUUUAUUUCUUCUGUUCUAUUUAAUGCAUUUAUUGUAAUGCGAGAUUAAUGUAAACAACUUUUUGAAUUAAAUAUUUUAAAUUUUAAAUUUAAGUACAUUAUAUUUUAUGUGAAGAAUCAUAAUGUGGAUAACAUUAGUAUUACUUUCAUAACUCUAAUGCAAUUGUCAUCUAUGCACACAUAUUACAUUCAAAAGAUAUAUACACUUGUUAUUUACGUAUAUUGCAUAUAUAUUGCAUUUCAUUAUGCAAGCGUAAAAGCAUGCAGAAGUCCCAAGUGUUAUUAUUUGAUUAUUGAUUAUUUCAAUCUGAAAUUAUCUCUUUCGUGUUUUCUCAUUUCUCUUUUGUCUCUUAUAUUCUUGAUUUCAUCUUGUAUCGAGAUAUUUUAUUUUUACUAUGAAAAUAAGUCAUUAUUAUUGUAUAACUCAAAAAUAGUAAAACAAAUGAAUUAAUAAGCAUUCUAGAUCUAUAGCUAAAUUCGAAAAAAAAUCUGUAAAGAAUUUGUUAUCAAAAUUUAUUUGCAAAUGGGUUAUCAAAUUCGAUGCAUAAUUUGAUAUUGUCAUCUUACAAAAAUAUAACAGAAUUUAACAAGAUGUAAGAGAGAAAUGAAAAACUUGCGACACAUUCUGACGCGACGAAAACUAAACAGAAUUUAUGAUUUAAUCGAUUUCACGAUCAAUUUCUCCCAUCUUAUUGCAAGAUAAUGAGAUAACGCGAUAUUAAAUAUGAAUGCGUAAUUCAUUCUACCGCAAUUCUUGCUCCAAUCUGCUGCCAAUUUUCCCUUCCGAACGGGUUUCCACUUUAGUGUGAUGGAGGGACUUAUAAUUGUAUUCAAAGGUUCAUCUGCUCAGAGAUGAACUUUUGGAUGCGACUAAGAGGAACCCUCCAAGCCAAGGCGUUAGCAACCGUGCCGAAGGCUACGUAGCGCAAGAAAAGUUGCGUCGUGAGCAGUGCCUCUUAGAUACCUGGACCGAGCAGUCCUAAAGCUUAGAGAACAAAAAGAGAGUGAUGAUGAAAUCGAGAAUGAGGAGACAAAUUGAUCAAGAUGAUCGAUUUUUCAUUAAAAUAAACCUGCACGAAGCGCCUCGAUUAUUUUAAUCAGAAGAAUGGCUGCAGGGAUAUUAUCAUCACGUACUAUUUCUUUGGCUGUUUAAAGACAAGAUUAGAUACAGAUAGAUACUAUUACAGAUAGAUUAAAUAUUUAUAAAAUAAAUUUAUCGCAAUAUUUUUCAUAUCUUCGUCUGUAUUUUUGUAUUUUUUUUUUAUAAAUAUAUAUAUUUUGCAUAUCUUUUAUAUUUUUUCAUAUCUUUACUGUCUGUAUUUUUAUAUUUUUUUUUUUAAUAUUUACACAUUAAUCUCAUUUUUCGCUCACUUGUAAAAAAGACCGCCUUAUUUUUACUUAGAAAUAAAUAAAUAAAGAAGUUUUAAAACUGCGAUAUAAUCUGAUAGAUAACAAUAAUCUUUAGUAAAUGUU